UGCGGAAAAUUUCUCUAUUCGUUAUCAGACAGACACAGACACUUGCCAAGAGGAAAAAUUAGUGAUGUUGUUUAGAGCAAUUUAAAUAAGAAAAAUAUGAAUGGAUUAAUAGUAUUUAAUAGUGCCAACGAUGUGGUGUAUCAAAAACUAAAUCUUAAGUUGCGAAAUCAUAUUUAUGAAAAGGCAGUUACACAGGGACUGUUACCUGAGGAUUUGCUUAAGGAUGGUGCAGCAUCUCAGCAGGGAAAUAUCGACUCCAAUGUAUUGCUGCAGUUAUUUAGUCCUCUGAUAAAUUCACAGAAAAUAAUGCAUUGUCAGUUCGAUAAUUGCUACGCAGCUAUACAAUGUGAACAUGAAUUGAAUUUAGUGUUUGGUGAAGUACUUGGUUUUCAAUUUUUAAAAAUUUCACAAGACCGAUUGGAAUACAUGCAACGACAAAUGGGCGUACUUAUGUCUUUAGCUAAACACCUGCAUGGCCCCAAUUUGUUUGCAAGCGACGUACAAGAAGAAUUGUUUUCUAAAUGUAUGGAAUGCUACGAGGAUGAGAUUUGGGAUCAAGACUUGAUUUUACAGGUAGAGGCAUUGCCACGGUUAUUGAUUAAUACUGAGCUGAGAAGAGCGGUAAAAGGAAGUUUAGACAGAGCACUGGAUUGUCUAAGAGACAGUGGCCAUUCGAGGUGUCAUACCUUAUUGUUUGUUGGUGUUAAAUUUGUUUCCAUCAAUUCUACCAAAAAUGCCAUGCAAUUGAGUCCUUCAGAUCUGCUUUUUCUAGCUUUGUUGAUACGUUCAUUACAAAAGGAUUCAAGAGGCCUAAAUAAAACUGUAGCCAUAUUUCUGCAAGGCCUCAGCCAGGAUCCACACUCCGGGUGUGUCCCGUGCAUCGCUCAUUUAAACAAAUUGAAUAAGGGCGUGGUUCUUAUACAGAUUGUUGAAUACGCUCCUUUACCGGUGGCCUGUAGUUUAUAUGACACGCUAUUUGUAUUGCAGAAAAUAAUUUCAAUUCAAAUGCAAGGAGAUGCAGAGUCUUUGAAGCCAACAUACGAAUCAUUGGAGUCAUUCGUCAGGCAAUCGAUAGAUGCCCUCAAGAAAGCCAAACUUAAAGGAGACGAUUUGGAAAGUUGUCUGAAAAAAUUUUCUUCAAAAUGGGAAAAUUUAAAGAAAAUGUAUAAUGAAUUUCUCAAGACGUAUGAAAGAGAUUUGAUUGUACGUAUCGAGUCGAAUAUUCCAUCGUUCCAAGAAGAUCUCAAACAAUUAUUUACAAUGGCCUGUUGCGAUUCAUCAGCCAUUAAUUUCCAGCAAUUACCCGAAGUAGCAUCAGUGGUGGAAGGCAAACUUUUGGAAUUUUCCGAGUUUCUAGCGGUCAAAGCCGAAAGGAAUAUAUCCAUAGAAGCCUAUUUGGAAGAUUUCCCAGGUCUUAUACACUUCAUCUACAUAAAUCGUUCUUCAGGACUGAUGAUUUCACCUGACCUGAAGUCCACCACUCCACUUAUACCGAAUGAAAGACUUUCGGAGAUGUUGGAAUUUUCUCGCCGACAUUUGAAAAAAGGACACUCAUCUGUGAUGUGGAAGGAUAAGUCUUUUAAUUACGCCUACUUCCUCUGGUUCGAAGACCAAACGACUGGCUCUUCAAAAUCUGUAGAUCUUCAAAAACAUUUCAAUGCCUCACAACAUUCCGUUAAUGCAUUCAAACCAAAUUUUGAGCCCGGUUUGCUGGCUGGCGACUACUAUCAUCUACUGACAGAGGUGUGUUUUCCAAAGACACCAGCAAAUAAAAUAAAAUGUUAUGAAUUGUAUUGCGUACAUUUAGGCCUAGUUACGGCCACAUGUGCCGUUGAGCAUUCCAGACGUUUGGUGGCAACAAUUGCCGAUGUAGUUGGUGAUGACAUUUUUUAAUAUUAACAAAUAGACUAGAUGUAAUUUAUAAUAUUAAAUAAAGUGCAAUAAAGUAUGAAGUGAAAAAUUAAAUACAAAA